ACGAGCAGGGGCGAACUGACCAUUUGGAAACUUGGGCACUGCCCGAGGUCAGUAGGGGGCCCCAUGAGAUGCCCCUGGUACCUUUUUCAUAGGCUUUUUUGAGUUUGGGCAAGGACACAGGGGCCCCAUGAUCCCCUAUUGCCCGGGGGCCCUAUGAGUUGUCAGUCCGCCCCUGGUCACGAUGCUGCCUAUCCGUGCCACCUCAUCAGUGCCCAUCAGUGCUGCCUAUCAGUGCCCAUCAGUGCUGCCUAUCAGUGC